UAAAUACCCAACACCUCCAUGCCAAACCCUUCCAUCACAAACGCCACUAGCUAGUACUGCUCCCUCUCCUCCAGUGCUUAAACCAUCCCACUAAUUAAGUAGGUGUUUGUGAUUACCGAGCCAUGGCAUCCAAGACCUCAGCAUCAGCUGCUCUCUUCCUUGCUCUCAACCUCCUUUUCUUUGCUCUGGUUAGCGGCUGUGGUGUUUGCCCGGGCCCAACCCCCAAGCCUCCAAGCCCCAGGCCCCCCAGUCCAAAGCCACCGAGCCCAAAGCCGAGCCCGAGCCCCUCCAAGGGCAAGUGCCCCAUUGACACCCUCAAGCUAGGCGUAUGCGCCAACGUGCUCAACGGCCUCAUCAACCUCACUCUCGGCAAGCCACCUAAGAAGCCAUGCUGCUCUCUCAUCAAAGGCCUCGCCGACCUCGAGGCCGCCGUGUGCCUCUGCACCGCACUUAAGGCCAAUAUUCUCGGCGCUAACCUCAACAUUCCUAUCGACCUCAGCUUGCUCAUCAACUACUGUGGGAAAAAGGUCCCCACCGGUUUCCAGUGCUCUUAAACUACCAGCUUGCUCACCACCCAAAUCCCCUGGUCUCUUUGUCUGUGGUCUCUUUGCUUGCAUAUAUAGUUUCUGAUAUAGACUGUUUGGGUUCUUGUUGGUUUUGGUUUCGUUGAUGUAAUGGUUGUAGCUGUAGUUGUUACUGUUGUUGAGUUAGGAGAAAGGAUGACGAAUAAGCCUGGUUCAACAACAAAAUAAAAACAAAAAUUAAAAUGUUAUUAUGUGUGGGAAAUGGGCCGAAGGUUCUGAAUUUGAAGCCAGAAAGUGUAGCGUGUGUGGGGUGGGGAUUUCAUGUUACGUUUUACAUGUAAUAUGCGGUUAAACUGGGUUAUAUUUAUUGUGUAAUGCUUUCCACGGUUAGACAAUGAAAGCCUGCUUUAUUUUGACGCU